CGCCGCCCGCUCGGCUGCGGGGCUCCGGCCGGCAGGGAGGGGCACUAGGGCCGCUGUCACAAGGGGCGAGCCAUCGGGCGACGCCGGAGGAACGCGAGGCAGGCGAGUGUGGGCGCCGCUGGGAGGGAGCGGGGAGCAGCGGGGAGCUCGCCACGGCUCGGGGAGAUGGGAAUGUGCCCCCGGUGCCGGGCAAGCUCUGUGGCCACGGAGGCGAUGCGGCCGCACCUCUGCAUUGAGCUGGGUCGCACGGCGUGGGUCGGUGCCUGAAGCUGACACGGAGCCGAGCGAGCCAUGAGGGCUCUGUCCGCAGCUGCAGAGCCGGGCCGAUCCGCAAGGAGGCCUUCUCUUGUGCCUCACAAACCUUGCACUCGUCCUCACAAACCUUGCACAGAUCCGCAAGGAUGCCUUGUGCCUCACAAACCUUGGACUCGUCCUCACAAACCUUGUACAGAUCCGCAAGGAGGCUUUCUCCUGUGCCUCACAAACCUUGCACUCUUCUGGGCAUCUCGGCCACUAAAAUAAUACCCGGACUUUCAUGUGCUUCCCCCGUUUGUUUCGCCUCUUCCACUCCACCCCACCCAUCCUUUUGUGUUGCCGAUUUGAACGUAGCGGAAGGGAAAAAUGAAAAGGCAGAAAGACCAGAUAAACUUGGUKGUUUGGAAAAAAAUGGUGGUGAAAGGAGGAGGAGGAGGAGUGGGAAACCAAUUAUAAAAUGGCAGGAACACUACUUUGCCCCAAAGAAUUGCUUCCCAAUAGGACAAGACCAUCACAGAUUGUUUGCACUGAAAAAUGUGGUUUUUUCCCCUCUUCAGCUGCCCCAUUUGUCUGGCUGUGGAUGCUGCUGAGCACAUUGGAGGCAGAGUGUAUUAGGGUSUUCGAGGAGCAAUCAGCCUGACCAGGAGUCUCUAGAGAAGUUUAACACAUCUGCUCCCCCACACYUCCCUACCUCCAGGUGUACAAAUGUGAAAUACAUUUGUAUUAUAUCUACCCAAGUGUAUUCACAGGUGCAUACUCAUUCUGGGGAACACUUGUCCCUGUAGGAAACUUUAAGAGUUUCACCUCUGGAAUGGACGUCUCUAAAUGUCACCUAAGAUUUUAAUCCUUGUAUGUUUACAUCCUUGUAGCAUGACACCCACCCAGUAAAAGCUUUUCURAGCAGAUUGCAGGCUGCAUGUUAUCACAUGUUAUGCCAUGAUAAACAAAUAAAACUUACCAAAAAACARUUCACAAAAAAUGCAGGUGAGUGUAAUUAGCAAAAUGGAAAGAGAUAUUAAACAWGGGAUUGUUUAAUUACAGUUUUUAUUCUGAUAGAAUUAAUUCCUAUUUUCUCCAUCAUGCAGAAUAUGGAGAAAUCAGAAGAACCUUGGAAAAAAUUAUGAGAAUAAAACAGGUUGUAGGUUUUUUGGUUCUGGCUUCUUGUUGGCCAGAAGAUUGUGGUAUUUUUUUCCCUUGAGGGAUUUCUGUUUUAUUUUUCACUAUUAAAAAAACCCAACAAACACUCUGUGAAGCAAAAUGAAGGUGUGUGUAGCAGCAUUUACAUCACCUAGCUAAGGUCUGCUGCUAGAAUGCUAUAUCAGCUUUUGGUUUUAAGGUUGUUUGUAGGGAAAGAAAAGUAGGGUAAAUUGCCCUCAGUCUGAUUUAUGAAAUAUCUCAGAAAAUGGGAUACAGCCGAUGAAGAUAAAAAGACAUGUUGGACUAUUUGUCUAAGCCACAAAAGGAGAAUUUAUGAGAUAACAGUUUCAGAUGUUCAUUAGGAAUUARCAAUGUUCUAGAUAAGAACAGUGAAAACCAUUAGUGAUUCCAGCAUGCUGAAAAUUGGCAUCUGGAAGUAUCAGGAGAAAACUGAGUCAUCUGCACUAGUGCAGCAAAUAUACCUGAAAGAAAUCAAGAUGACCCAUGAGGUUGCAUUUAACUUUAGUGAUUGGGGAGCAUAUUUAUUUUUGACUUUUGGAAACAGUAAAUAGAACUGAGGACAUUUUGUCUAACGUGGUAAAAUGUUUCUUUCCUACAUCCAUGUCCUAAAAAGAUACGACUUUUAAAAAAUUUUAAAAUUAAAAAUGCAGUUAUUUAUUACAGGGUUUUUUUUGUCUACUUCCUUUUAAGAAAAAAAAAAAUCCCCUCAGAGAAAUGCUACAGAUGGAAAUGAGGAACGAAAACUCUCAUCCCAGUUGAUACRAUUUCUCUACUCUCACUCGUUGUGCUAAGUACUAUUUAAAUGCCAUAAUUAAUAAGACAAAAAGUGUGAGGUUCUUUAAGACCUGGCACUGUCUUCAGCCUACCUCUCUGGGGAGUGCUGUUUUGAUUGUUUGUAUUCUGUUUCAGUCACUCUGGGGCUGAUGUCAUAAUUCCACUAUCAGAGGAAUUGUGCAGUGGUAAACCUAGGCUGUGCCAUUCCUCUUCUCUCUCURUUGCAGGAAGUGGCUGCAAGAGAGGAAACCUAAGGCUUAGACUCCUGCAUGUCUUAGAGAAAUSCUGGUUCUUCAGCAGUGAUGAAAUGAAGAUUUUCUCUGCGACAGAGUUGGGAUCCCGCUGCGACAGGGUUGGGGUCCUGAAGUACAGGAUAAACUGACAGAGACCACUGUGCUACCUUUCAGAGAAGGGUGGUCAAAUGAGUGAUCUCGUGGAAGAAAACUGCAAGAAAAGCUAUUCUUCCCAAGAAACAUCUGCAGCAAAAAAUGUGUCUCCUGCUAAGGACUGCUCCAAAAAUUUGCAAAAACUCGAGAAACAAUUAAAAUGCUUAGCCUUUCAAAAUCCAGGACCUCAGGUAGCUGACUUCAAUCCUGAAACUAGACAGCAGAAAAAGAAAGCAUACAUGUCACAGAUGAAACAAAGUUUUUUUAAUGAGUCCAAAUUUACAAAGAAAUACGACAAACAUGGCAGGCUGCUUUGUAACAACAUAGAUUUGUGUGAUUGCCUGGAAAUGGACUGCCUGGGUUGCUUCUAUCCUUGCCCCAAAUGCAAUUCCAACAAAUGUGGACCAGAAUGUCGCUGCAAUAGAAAAUGGGUUUAUGAUACAAUUGAGACUGAAGCUGGAAAUGUGAUCAGUGUGCUACCAUUUUUUGUCCCUGACUGAUUACGUUCUUUUAGUUUCUGUACCUGAGCAUUGUUCUUUUUWCUUCAUAUUUUAUUAAAGUAAAUCUUGGUUUUAUGAAUUGUCUUGAGUGAACAUCUGGCAGUGGUGCUUGUCCUUCUUUAUUGCUGCCUACCUAGAAAACUUUACCAUUCCCCAUCAAGUAAAAGUAUGUAUUUCAUUCUUUCUCAUCCUUGUGAGCUUUGCUGAGGCACCUAGCCAGUCCUUUCUGAAUGCUGACUUUCUAAAAUUGAAGGUAUCUGAACUGUUAGGACAAGAUUAAUUUCUUAUCCUGGGAAGCUGAACUGUAUUACUUUUAAUGAGAGAUUUUUUUCUUAUUUCUCUGCUUGUUCAUUUACUCAGAUGUGUGACACAGCUCUUUCUUUUGUGUUAGUUUGUCCAAGAGCCAUUUCAUCCUGAUGCAUUCAUUUCUCAUACAGGUUAGGCAGGAGGCAUUUGAGGUAACACUGUUCUUUGAAACCAGGUCACUACUUCCCAAGUUCUUCUGUAUAUUAAGCAAAAGAGAGUGGAAACAACUCUCAGCAACUCUUUCUUGCUGCCCAGGCUGAAAGACUGAAACCAGCAUGUUCAGUCAGCACUUUUUUUGACAGCAUUUGGCACAUUAAGUGUCAAUUGGUCAUUAAUUGUAUGGGCUAAAACAGAUUGGAUAUUUUUCCUUCUGGACAGAAAAGUCUCUUCAGUUCCAAAAGUUUCCUCUUCGUGCAAGACAUGACAGACUUAAAAUAUAAUAACUUACACCCAGUUUUCUUAUGGGGUACUUGUUCUCAUUCUCAAUGGGUUCCCACACCCUGAGGAGUAAGGGUCCUUCUGGAUYUUAGAGAUGGUUGCAGAUGGUUGCAGGUGAUUUCCAGGAGUGYGCUACUAGUGGGGGAAUCAUUCCUUGGGCCUAGUGCUUGUUUGCUUUCGCGGAGACUCUUCCUACUUUGAGUGUGGCACCACUUUUCUUCCUUACAAGAGGCCAUUCUCUGUGACAAAGACCUUUUGCUCCAGCAAAAAGAUACCUCUUGAUKGAAGAAACUUGGGAACAGAUCCCAAGAAAGUCUUAAUACCCAAAUCUUCUUCUGACUUGCUAUCUCGGAAAGAUUUUUUAUUCCUCCCUACUAAUGACACCUUAAGUGUGUAUCAUGCAGGUCCAGCUGGAGCAAAUUGCUAAGGAWCCUUUCUAGCAGAAUUCUUAAUGUUCAUUCUCUUGAUUAUUCAUUUUUAAUACUCAUUUGAUGCAGCAAAGUGUGAAAGAAAACACUUAAAAAUAGAUYGAGGUUAUAAAAUCAGAGAAUUGGCAGCAAAUCUGAGUGGCACAUCCAAUAUCUGUAUCAACUGGAACUUUAUAAAGUAAGUAAGCAAUUGUCUAGCUUUCCAGCUGCCCUUGCUCAUUUUGCCUGUACAAACUUUAUAAAAUUCCGCUCUUGGGGAAGAUUUCCUGAUUUCCUGGAACAAGAAGUUGUUGGGUUUUUUUGGUUUUUUUUUUUUUUUCAGUGUAGCACAAAACACUCAUUUU